AUGCCUUCUGUUGUCUCUGUGCUCGCCGCUGGCCUCUUCGCCCAUACGGGCGUACUGGCCGCCAAGCUCCCGUCCACGGCUCAAAUCAUUGACCAGAAGACAUUCAAUGUCCUGCCCUCGGUCCCCCCUCCGUCGCAAGCCAACGACUCGACGGUGUUCCUCUGGCCUGGCGUGACCCAGGAGUCGCUUACUGCCAGACCGUUUCACGUGUAUGACGAGGAAUUCUACGAUAUUAUCGGCGAUGCCCCGUCCUUGACCCUCAUCGCCACGUCUCAGUCGGACCCCAUCUUCCACGAAGCUGUCGUAUGGUAUCCUCCAACUGACGAGGUCUUUUUCGUUCAAAAUGCUGGGGCCCCCGCCGCUGGCACCGGCCUGAAUAAGUCAUCCAUCAUUCAGAAGAUCUCGCUGGCCGAUGCUGAGGCUGUACGCCUGUCUGCCAACACGACCGACGAGGUCAAAGUUACGGUUGUCCCAUCCAACCCUCAGGUCAUCAACCCGAAUGGAGGAACCAACUACAAGGGUCAAAUCAUCUUUGCCGGCGAAGGGCAAGGCGCCAACGUUGCGUCUGCGCUGUAUCUGAUGAAUCCGGUGGCUCCGUACAACACCACUGUCUUGGUGAACAACUACUUCGGACGUCAGUUCAACUCGCUCAACGAUGUUGCCAUCAACCCCCGCAAUGGUGAGCUGUACUUUACCGACACCCUCUACGGCUACCUUCAGGACUUCCGUCCUGUUCCCGGUCUGAGGAAUCAGGUCUAUCGCUACAACUUCGAUACCGGUGCAGUGGCUGUCGUCGCUGAUGACUUCACCUUGCCAAACGGCAUCACCUUCGGCCCGGGUGGUAAGCGUGCCUAUGUUACCGACACCGGCAUCGCUCUUGGCUUCUACGGCCGUAACCUUUCAUCUCCUGCCUCCGUCUACUCGUUUGACGUAAACAGUGAUGGCACUUGGCAAAACCGCAAGACGUUUGCUUACACCGCCUCUUUCAUUCCGGAUGGUGUUCACACCGACUCCAACGGAAACGUCUACGCUGGGUGUGGCGAUGGUGUACACGUUUUCAACCCCUCUGGCAAGCUCAUUGGCAAGAUUUACACAGGCACCACUGCCGCAAACUUUCAGUUCGCUGGCAAGGGUCGUAUGAUCAUUACUGGACAGACCAAGCUCUUCUACGUGAAGCUAGCUGCUUCCGGGACCAAGUUGACAUGA